CCAGCUGUGUGGAUCCAGUGCCACCUCUGAUAUGAUGCUAAGAGCAGGAGGGGCAGCCACCUCUCUUGCACUGCUGCUGCUGCUGCCGCUGCUGUGCUGCUGCCACCUGUGCCACUCGCUGCGGGUUCCAAAACUCUCCUCCUACGCAAAAGCAGAGGAUAAGCUGUUCAAAUACCUCUUUGGAAACUACCAGAAAUGGGUCCGCCCAGUGGAAUACCUAAAUCAGACGAUCCGUGUGAAGUUUGGACUGGCCAUCUCCCAGCUAGUUGAUGUGGAUGAAAAAAAUCAGCGAAUGACCACCAAUGUGUGGAUGAAACAGGAGUGGAUUGACAGGAAACUCAGAUGGAACCCUGACGACUAUCUGGGCAUCACAAUUAUCCGAGUCCCCUCUGACAGGAUCUGGCUCCCUGACGUUGUACUUUAUGAUAAUUCAGAUGGGCGUUUUGAAGGUACAGUCACCAAGGCCGUUGUUAAGUAUGAUGGAACCAUAUCAUGGACACCACCAGCCAAUUACAAGUCUGCCUGCACCAUUGAUGUCACCUUCUUCCCUUUUGAUCUCCAGAACUGUUCAAUGAAGUUUGGCUCCUGGACAUAUGAUGGCUCCCAGGUGGACAUAAUUCUGGAGGACUUCCAUGUGGACAAGCGGGACUAUUUUGACAACGGUGAAUGGGAGAUAGUGAAGGCCACAGGCAGCCGUAGUCUGAGGACAGAUGGCAGCUCUUCCUAUCCCACCAUCACCUACUUCUUCAUCAUCCGCAGGCUGCCUCUUUUCUACACCCUCUUCCUCAUCAUCCCCUGCAUUGGCCUCUCCUUCCUCACUAUCCUUGUUUUCUAUCUGCCAUCUAACGGUGGUGAGAAGAUCUCUCUCUGCACCUCAGUUCUGGUGUCGCUCACAGUUUUCCUCCUAGUCAUUGAGGAGAUCAUCCCCUCCUCUUCGAAGGCUAUCCCUCUCAUCGGGGAGUACCUGGUCUUCACCAUGAUCUUCGUCACGCUCUCCAUUAUCAUCACCGUCUUUGCCAUCAACAUCCACCAUCGCUCCUCUUCUACACAUCAUGGCAUGGCGCCCUGGGUGAGGAGGAUUUUCCUGCAUCGGCUGCCUAAGCUGCUGUGCAUGCGCAGCCAUGUGGACCGUUACGCCACAGGUGGAGUGGCCAGAACAGGAGAUCUGAAGGACUCAGCACCUGAACUGACAUCUCUCCUCUACACCAGACAUAACCUACAAGCAGCUUUGGACUCUAUUCGCUACAUAACCAUGCAUGUGGUUAAAGAAAAUGAAGUCAGAGAGGUGGUACAAGACUGGAAGUUUGUAGCCCAGGUUUUGGACAGAAUGUUUCUGUGGGCCUUCCUCCUGGUGUCGAUUCUGGGCUCUGCUCUCCUCUUCAUUCCGGUUAUUUACAAAUGGGCCAACAUCAUCGUCCCUAACCAUCCUGGAAGUACCCUCUAAGAACCACCGUUCAACUAACCAUUACUGGAGGCAAAGCACAUUAACAGCUCAUUAUGGGUCUUAUUUGAGAUUUGACUGACUGAGAUACUGAGAUUACCGCUCAGAUACGGUCCUGCUCUACUUAUCCACCAUCACUCUGUAAGCCACAGCUGGGCUCGAGAUCAAGCUGCAGACUGGGGACUUCGUUUGCUGAGUAUAUCUAACAGAGACAUGUUUUAUUUUUUUUUAGAGAGACUUUGAAUUUGAGACAAUUGACUUUGUUUAAAUGUAAAUGAAAAAAAUCGAUUGAUGUACUUCAUAUGAUGAAAAAAGCAUGUUUGCCCACAUUUCAUUCAUCAAUAAAUUUCAAUACUUUCAUUUCACGAACUAUAAUUGCUGGCAUCAAAGAGUGGAAAUGUAUCUUUUGGUCUGGCCAAAUGUUCUCACAGGAUCAUUUAGGAUAAAUGCCUCACUAACUACCCUCAUGUUCAUGCCAGUUACAGGAUAAAUACCAAUUCAAUUCAAUUAAAUCCAAUACACAGUG